AUGCUGCUGUCAAAAAUUCGGGAAACCUAUUACAAAUCCGAUAUUCUGAAGAAAACAGAUGAUGUUGCUGACGACGUCAAGAUGUCAGGAGUAAAGGUUGAGGUUGUGGGUAGCGACGGUGUUCUUGUCAAUGGAGACGUAGGGAUGACUGAUGGAGAAGAUGGGGGAGUAGUCGAGAACGAUGAGGAGGAAUACGUCGAUGACGUGACAGCUGUCCAGGAUGCUGAGUGA